AGCCACUGCUAUUUCCGUUUCUUGCAUUGUAGCAUUUGUGUUUGUCAUGUUUUCCAGGUUAUUACAUUUUCUAAUAAUGAAGCUGCCAUUCAAUUCAAACUUGCUGCCUCAUAUAUAUAUAUACACACACACACAUGCUUAUAUAUAUAUUAAAAAGGGACACUUUUAAAGUUGCAUUUUCACUUUCAAAGUGAGUUCAGUGCAAACCCAUCACGCCACCAUUACUCACAGCUCCGUUUUGCAGGUUACUACUGUUACCACAUAAAUGUCUCCGAGAUCCUCAUUUGCAUACCAUGAAUCAUUGAGAGAGGUGUAUAGUUUCUCCGUGGGAGGCCGGAUAAACAAAAUGGAGGGAGGCCUCUGUCCUCCUGCCAUGCCAGGCCUCCUAUUCCUUGUGACCUACAGUGUCUGUUGACAUUGUCUGAUGUGCUCCAUUAUCUGCCGCCGCGUGUCCCGUCUCAUCCUCUCCGGGAUCAGGCGGUGGCGGAAAAGGGAGGCAGCUACACUUUAACAGCGUGAUACCAUCCGAGCAGUCACCAAUAAUCGUUUCUUUGUAUGAGGCCCAGGAGCUAAUUAAAGUUUCUGAGCGUCUAAUCCAGGGCGCAGGCCUAAAGUUAGUACUUUCAGUCCAGCUGUCUACUCAUGUUAACAUCAGUGAUACCUUGGGAGAGUGAUGUGGACUUGUAUUAAUGUGAUGCAUCAUCUCAUCUUUUACUUACUGCAAGCGCGCAUCUUUUUGCACUUUCACCUAAAUGCUAAAUUUCACCUUUUAUACUCCCUGCAUGUUGCACCAUGUUUUAAUCUCAAAUAAUCUUUGUUUUGCAGGUGAUGGAUCGCCAGCCACAGGGUCAAGUUGGUGCAGACCCUUGCGGUCCUAAAGCACAACCCGGACUCGUGACGAUAAUAGGAGCCAGUCCAGGUUUGCCUCAGCAGCUGCCACUCCAGGAUCCACCUCUCGUCAGCCCAUCUGAUGUGCUAAAGAUUCAGUCCGGACUGAGCCCCGUACAGGCUGUGGUUUCACCCACGACAGUGAUUGACCAAAAGCAGUCUGGGUCUGCAGCACUGGCGAGCAUAAGCCGGCCGAGACCAACCGCUCUUCGAACUAAAUCCGCUCCGAAGCCGACCAUGGUCUCAGCGGACCCCUCCAAGGAGAUAGAUUUGAUCCCUAUGUGCAUCCCGGGACCUCAGAGCGCCAGCAUCCUGCCACACUCUCCGACGGAGUCCUCGUUCGCUCCCCACAGUCCUCAGAGUCCCCACAGUCCUCAGCGAUACCUGAACUCCUCUCCCAGCCUGCCCCUGCCUCUGCCUCAGCCCAACCCUCGCUCCAGCCUCAGCCCCAAAAACAGCCUCAGCCCUCAGCCACAGAGGACGCCGUCACCUGGGAGCUCGACGCAGAGCCAGGCCGAGAAGCCGGGAGGAGAAAACAGUGACUUCAGGGUGUACAUCGUCACAUGGAACGUGGGAUCAGCCGUCCCGCCAGAUGACAUCACUUCUCUGUUCGGACCAAAUGUUUCAGAUGGGAAAGUUGACAUGUUUAUCAUCGGACUCCAAGAAGUCAACUCCAUGAUAAACAAGAGGCUGAAGGAUGUUCUUUUCUCAGAUCAGUGGAGCGAACUUUGCAUGGACACGCUCAGUCCUUUUGGAUACGUUUUGGUGGCGUCCCAGCGAAUGCAGGGAGUGCUGCUCCUGGUUUUCUCUAAAUUCUGCCACCUUCCAUUCCUCAGAGGCGUGCAGACGGAGAGCACGCGCACAGGACUUGGGGGAUACUGGGGGAAUAAAGGCGGCGUCAGUGCGAGGAUGACAGUGUUUGGCCACCCAGUGUGUUUUCUCAACUGUCACCUGCCGGCUCACAUGAGGAAUCUGGAGCAGCGGAUGGAGGAUUUCGAAAGCAUCCUUCAACAGCAGCAGUUUGAAGGAGGGACCGCGACUGGAGUACUCGACCACGAUGUCGUGUUUUGGUUCGGCGACUUGAAUUUCCGCAUUGAGGACUACGACAUCCAUGUGGUGAAAUGCGCCAUCGACAGCAAUAAGCUGCCUCUUCUGUGGGAGCGGGAUCAGCUCAACAUGGCAAAAAACACUGAGCCCAUCCUGGAAGGCUUCCUAGAGGGACCACUCAAAUUCCCACCUACGUAUAAGUUUGAUGUGGGCACUCAUACGUAUGACACCAGCGCUAAGAAGAGGAAACCUGCCUGGACGGAUCGCAUCCUCUGGCGCCUUCGUCGCACUGGUUCCCCGGUCCCUUCCCACAACGCAGCGCUGCAGCGGGGCCUCACCUCCUGGUUGGGUGGAGCGACUAAAGUGACACAACAUGUGUACCGAAGUCACAUGGGCUUCACAAUCAGUGACCACAAACCCGUCUCUGCCCUGUUUUCUCUGCAGUUUCCAUUCAGGGUGGAUAUGCCUCUGGUGGAGCUGCACACCAGCAAGGAGUGGUGUAAAGUCUCUGACGCCACAGUCAGAUUCACUGUGGCGUCAACUUACCAGCGCAGCUCGUGGGACUGGGUCGCAAUAUACAAGGUUGGGUUCAGGCAUCACAAAGACUACCAGGUGUACGUGUGGGCCAAAGGGGAGCACGCAACGCAGGUGACGUUCACAGAGGAGGAUUUGCCAAGAGAUGAUUGUGAAUACAUCCUCGGUUACUACAGUAAUAAUAUGAACAGUAUUGUGGGGUUGUCGUCACCGAUUCAGAUCAAGAUGCCAGUCCACAGCCCCACCGUGUGUCGCUCCGACAGCUCAGACGUCAGCUCGGAGGACGACAGCACGCUGGUCCUGCUGGCCCCGAGCUCCCGCAGCCCGAGCCCCAAAAACGGCAAACACCACCACCACCACCGUCACCGCCGCAGCCGGAGCCCCGCCGUUCCCGCUCUUUCUUCCAACCCCCUCCCCUCCCUGCAGAGCCUCAGCCUUUGUCCCCGUUCCAGGGAAAGCCAGACGCGAAGUCGCUCCCCCUGCUCUGCCGCUAAGAAGGAGCGGCUGAUCUCCCCCGACGCCGUGCCGUCGCCCACCAUCAGCCCGCUCAGCCCCCGCAGCCCCGUGUCUCCGGGUGGCGGGGUGACUGCGCCGGAGGCCCUGAUCGUUGCUAUCUUAGGUGAACACAGACCAGCUCAGGUUAGCCCCACGGGGGUCAAACAGAUCGGGAUGACGGGGGACGCAGACCACGCAAAGAAUUUAAACCUCAAGAGUUAAAGUGAAGAGAACGACAGCCAUGUCCACGCAUUCAGGGUCCGCCGUGGCCUCGCACUGUGCUCAUAGAAGCAGCACAUUUACUGACUCCUAACGUAGUUUGCAAACAUUCCACAUCGUAGCCCUGCAGUUCCCUGUUUCUGACCCAUCUCAUACACUUCUCUGUGUGUGUGUAUCUUGGCGUCAAAAGGCCAGACUCUUGACAACAAGUGCUUUUAUAGACUCACAGGCUAUAUCAAAAGUAAACAAACAUAUUGAAUGUGAAACCAAAGGCAGAGUAAUCCUGUGAUGGAUGUGUAUGACAGCAAUAUGGAUCCGUGCAAACAGUCGCGCAUCAACAAGGACUGUGGACCACACGUAUUGACGAUAUCACAGAUCACAACGCAGGGAAAGAGAGCGUGUUCGUGUGUGUGUGGGUUUGUGUAGGCUUAUGUGCUAAAAUAUUAACGUGUGAAACAAAACAUUUUGGAAGAGAUUUAUGAUUUUAAAUGUUAUUCUAUGGGUCUUGGUCUGUAUUCAUAAAAUGAAUCUAAUUUAUCAGUGUACAGACGGCAUUUUAUCAACUCAGUCUGUCUGAAAAUGACACGUGACAGUGUGAACUUGAACAGUAAUCCUAGACCAAUGCUCUUACUCUCAGCAGCUUUGUGAAUACAGCCCCUGUUCUACAGAGCUCAGCGAGCGGAUGUUUAGACUAAUGUGAUUGUUUUUGCUUCAAGGGAACGGUGUUGUUUAACUGUGUGAGUGUGCUAAUAAAAUGAAAAUGAGUGGGAAAGCAAAUAG